CUUCCCUUGCCUCUACGGCCUGUUUUUGAGAAGUAAACCGCCAAGAUGGUCAACUUCACCAUUGAGGAGAUCCGUGGCCUGAUGGACAAGCCGGCCAACAUCCGUAACAUGUCCGUCAUUGCUCACGUCGAUCACGGAAAGUCCACUCUGUCCGACUCCCUUGUCCAGCGUGCCGGUAUUAUCUCCGCCGCCAAGGCCGGUGAGACCCGUUUCAUGGACACCCGUCCCGAUGAGCAGGAUCGUUGCAUUACCAUCAAGUCCACUGCCAUCUCCCUGUACGCCAAGUUCCCCGACCCUGAGGAUCUCAAGGAGAUCUCCCAGAAGGUCGAUGGUUCCGAGUUCUUGAUUAACUUGAUCGAUUCCCCCGGUCACGUUGAUUUCUCCUCUGAGGUUACCGCCGCUCUCCGUGUCACUGACGGUGCCCUUGUCGUUGUCGACUGUGUCUCCGGUGUCUGUGUCCAGACCGAGACUGUCCUGCGUCAGGCCCUGACCGAGCGUAUUAAGCCCGUUCUCUGCAUCAACAAGGUUGAUCGUGCUCUUCUCGAGCUCCAGGUCUCCAAGGAGGAUCUUUACCAGUCCUUCUCCCGUACCAUUGAGUCCGUCAACGUCAUCAUCUCCACCUACUUCGACAAGACCCUCGGUGAUGUCCAGGUUUACGCGGAGAAGGGUACCAUUGCCUUCGGUUCCGGUCUGCACGGUUGGUGUUUCACCGUCCGCCAGUUCGCCAUCAAGUACGCCAAGAAGUUCGGUGUUGACCGCAAGAAGAUGCUUGAGCGUCUGUGGGGCGACAACUACUUCAACCCCAAGACCAAGAAGUGGACCAACAAGGCUGAGGAUGCCGAGGGCAAGACCCUUGAGCGUGCCUUCAACAUGUUCAUCUUGGACCCCAUCUUCAAGAUCUUCGCUGCCGUCAACCACAACAAGCGUGAUGAGAUCGAGAAGCUCGUUGAGAAGCUCGAGAUCAAGCUCCUUGCUGACGAGAAGGAGCUCGAGGGCAAGGCCCUCCUCAAGGUCAUCAUGCGCAAGUUCUUGCCCGCUGCCGAUGCCCUGCUUGAGAUGAUCUGUAUCCACCUGCCUUCCCCCGUUACUGCCCAGAAGUACCGUGCCGAGACCCUCUACGAGGGUCCCGCUGACGACCGUGCCUGCAUUGGUAUCCGUGACUGUGAUGCCUCCGCUCCCCUCAUGCUGUACGUCUCCAAGAUGGUGCCCACCUCCGACAAGGGUCGUUUCUACGCCUUCGGUCGUGUCUACGCCGGUACCGUCAAGUCCGGUAUCAAGGUCCGUAUCCAGGGUCCCAACUACGUCCCCGGAAAGAAGGAGGAUCUGUACAUCAAGGCCAUCCAGCGUACCAUCCUCAUGAUGGGUCGCUUCGUUGAGCCCAUUGAUGACGUCCCCGCCGGUAACAUUGUCGGUCUGGUCGGUGUCGAUCAGUUCUUGCUCAAGUCCGGUACUCUUACCACCGAUGAGACCGCCCACAACUUGAAGGUCAUGAAGUUCUCUGUCUCCCCCGUUGUGCAGCGCUCCGUUGAGGUUAAGAACGCCCAGGAUCUGCCCAAGCUGGUUGAGGGUCUCAAGCGUCUGUCCAAGUCCGACCCCUGUGUCCUGACCAUGAUCAACGAGUCCGGUCAGCACGUUGUUGCCGGUGCUGGUGAGCUCCACUUGGAGAUCUGUCUUAAGGAUCUUGAGGAGGACCACGCCGGUGUGCCUCUGCGCAUCUCCGACCCCGUUGUCUCUUACCGUGAGACCGUCACUGCUACCUCCAGCAUGACUGCUCUGUCCAAGUCUCCCAACAAGCACAACCGUCUGUACAUGACCGCUGAGCCCAUGUCCGAGGAGCUCUCCCUCGCCAUUGAGGCUGGCAAGAUCAGCCCCCGUGACGACUUCAAGCUCCGUGCCCGUCUCAUGGCUGACGAGUACGAGUGGGAUGUCACCGAUGCCCGUAAGAUCUGGUGCUUCGGUCCCGACACCACCGGUGCCAACUUGCUGGUUGACCAGACCAAGGCUGUUCAGUACUUGAACGAGAUCAAGGAUUCCGUUGUCUCCGGUUUCCAGUGGGCCACCCGUGAGGGUCCCGUCGCUGAGGAGCCCCUCCGCUCCGUCCGCUUCAACAUCCUCGAUGUUACCCUUCACGCCGAUGCCAUUCACCGUGGUGGUGGUCAGCUUAUCCCCACUGCUCGUCGUGUCCUGCUCGCCUCCACAUUGCUUGCUGAGCCCGGUAUUCUCGAGCCCAUCUUCAACGUCGAGAUCCAGGUUCCCGAGCAGGCUAUGGGUGGUAUCUACGGUGUUCUUACCCGCCGUCGUGGUCACGUCUACUCCGAGGAGCAGCGUCCCGGUACCCCUCUGUUCAUGGUCAAGGCUUACUUGCCCGUCAACGAGUCCUUCGGUUUCCCUGCCGAUCUCCGUUCCGCCACUGGUGGUCAGGCUUUCCCCCAGUCCGUCUUCGAUCACUGGUCCGUCCUUCCCGGUGGUUCUCCCCUGGACCCCACCACCAAGCCCGGUCAGGUUGUCACCGAGAUGCGCAAGCGCAAGGGUCUCAAGGAGGUUGUUCCCGGCUACGAGAACUACUACGACAAGCUGUAA